AUUUGUUUCUUAAAGGAGGUCAUCAAAUACUUAAUGAUAAAGAAAAACAGGUAGCAGAAAUACUCAAACAACAAAUCAUUUAUGAUAUUGUUGUUGAAUUAUCAACCAUAUGUAAUGGGAUUGGUGGUAAUUCUUUACUUAAAGAUGAAGAGCGACAUACAGUAGAUUUAAAUAUUAAUAGUAAUAAUACAAACCCGAACAUUAAUUAUAGUAAUGUAAAUCCAAAUAGUGAUACUAUAGAUGAAAUGCCUCACAAUGGAUUGAAUACAACUGCUAUUGGGUUACAUCAAUCUAUUUUGCCUAAUCAAAGAACUGCAAAAAUGCAGCAGCAAUCAAUGGACCUUUUUUAUUGCAUAGGAGAUGCUACAGUUAUUGAGUUUUUUGAUCCAAGAUCAGAUGAAAAGUUGGAGAAUUUAGAUGCAAAAAUUGAGAAUUGUUAUUGA